GCACGGGGCAACUGUUGAAACCAGCCCAUCGUAAGGGUCACAAGUACAAACACUCGUCGGUGUCCAUGAACUUCUUUCAAGAACCACCACCGGUGGAAAUUCAAACAUCGGGCCAAAUCGUGGGCAUGCCUGACCAUUUCCCCGUGCCUACUUUCAAAGAGACUAUCAACUCAAUCACGCAUACGCAGAAACUACGUUUAGGCUGGGCGUGUUUCCAUAUUGGCAUCUCGGUGAUUAUUUUCCUCAUUGGGUUUCACUAUAAAUUGCCUUCAUUGUCUACAUUGGCCCACUUGGUAUUUUACGAUGCCAUCGGGUCAAGCCUAAUUGUGGUGGUGGAUAUAAUGUCUAAUUUCGACGUGUGGAAUACCAGCUCAAUAACGUAUCCGUUUGGAUUGGGUCGGGUUGAAGUGUUGGCCGGGUUUGCCUUGAGUAGUUGGUUAAUCAUGGUGGGGUUUGACUUGUUUAGUCAUUUAGUCGAGGAAGCAAUAUUCCUUUGGGUGGCUACUACCAAUGAUGGCCACGAUGAACAUGGAGCGUCACAUCAUGUCCAUGCUGAAGUGGGGGCAAGUACGAAUUGGAUGGUUUAUGAGGCUGUGUUAGCGCUAGCCAUGGUUGUUUGUUUGGUAUCUUCAAACUUGAUUCUUAGCUACGAUAGAAUUAGUGAGAUGAUGAGCAAAUCUGAACUGGUUGCGAAAUCAGACCUGACUACUAAUAAAGGGUUGUUACUGGACGAACCUGCAAUCAAGCAUAAUAAACUCAAAAAGAUACUCCAGACAUGGAGAAAGAAUCCCACCCAUCUUGUCACGAUCACAUACACUUUAUUCCUAGCGUUAUCACCAGUCAUCCCACAAAGUCUCACUUCUGAAUUAGCCGUUGACAUCAAUGAAAUAGGCACAUUCCUCGUGGCCACUUUUCUUUGCUAUAAUGGAUGGAAAUUGGUCAAGUCAUUAGGAGGAAUCUUACUUUGUUCAUUCCCAUAUUCCGACCACAAGUAUCAUUUAGUCAAGGCAAAAAUCAUGAGUGUUAUUGAACAAAGUGAUUUCUUUAGACGGGAGUACACUGUUGAUCGGUUCUUUAUCACCAAGUUUAAUUAUCGUGUGUUUGUCGUGGGGAUGAAGAUAAGCAUGAAUGGUGCUGAUGCCGACGAAGAAAUUAGAGUUCGGUUUGAAGUUAAUAGAAUAAUAACAAGGGAAUUGGAAAAGUUGGAAGGUAGCAAAGUUUCACAGGAGAUUACUAUUGAUAUUGAUAGGUUCUAGCUAUUAGUCAUUAAAAAGUAUAUAGCAGUAGUGUAUAAAUGGGCUUUGGACCCACCUUCCUAAUCGGGUAACUGGAAUGUGCGGAAAAUGACUCAACCGCGAUGUAAAAUCUUUUUCAGAAUUCACUAUAAAAAUUUUCAUUAUUCCUGUUUGAUAGUAAUAGUAUAGUUAUUCAUUGAUAAACUAUGUUAAGAUCAGUAGCUAGAGUUAUACAGAGACCUUCUCUUAUGAGAAUGUCUCAGAUUUCUACCAGAAUGACCCAUUCCAUUCCUGAUGCUUCCGACCAAUCCAACACCGGACAAUUCAUCAACACCAUUUCCAAACCAUACACUGUCACCACUUAUUCCAGACCAAACUUGAUCUUGACCCAUGGUAAGGGAUCUUUGAUCUACGAUUUGGAAAACAGAGAAUACAUUGAUUUCUAUUCCGGGAUCGCUGUUACCUGUUUAGGACAUUCCCAUCCGGAAAUCACCAAGAUCGUGAGUGACCAAGCAAGCAAAUUGAUGCAUUGCUCGAACUUGUUCUACAACUUACCUGGUGGAGAAUUAGCCAACAAAUUGGUGGAAAAGACCAAGGAAUCAGGUGGGUUACACAAUGCUCAGCGCGUGUUCUUGUGUAAUUCCGGAACUGAAGCCAACGAAGCUGCCUUGAAGUUUGCCAGAAAGUACGGAAAACAAUUCAGUCAAGACAAGAUUGAAAUCAUAACUUUUGAAAACUCGUUCCAUGGUAGAUCCAUGGGUGCAUUGGCUGUUACACCUAAUCCUAAGUACCAACAACCAUUCGCACCUUUGAUUCCUGGUGUCCAAGUUGCCAACACUAAGGAUAUCUCCAGUGUUGAAAAGUUGAUCAGCAAGGAAAAGACUUGUGCCGUUAUCAUUGAACCUAUCCAAGGUGAAGGUGGUAUCAACACCGUUGAUGCUGAAUUCUUAGGACAAUUAAGAAAGUUGUGUACUGACAACAAUGUCGUGUUAAUUUACGAUGAAAUCCAAUGCGGGUUGGGCCGUACUGGUAAAUUAUGGGCUCAUUCCCAUUUACCUGAAUCUGCCCACCCUGAUAUUGUCACCAUGGCCAAGGCCUUGGGUAACGGGUUCCCUAUUGGUGCCACUUUGAUUACUGAGCAAAUAGAAAAGGCUUUGAGUGUCGGUGAUCACGGUACCACAUACGGUGGUAACCCAUUAGGGUCUAGAAUUGGUACUUAUGUCGUUGAUCAAAUUUCCAAUGACGAGUUUUUAGAAGGUGUCAAUGAGAAAUCGGCCAAGUUUAUUGCUGGAUUGACAAAAAUUGCUGAACAACACCCAGACCACGUUAUUGAGGUCAAGGGUAAAGGGUUGUUAUUGGGAUUACAAUUCAAGCCGGAAGUAGACAUUGGUGCUAUUGUUGCCAAGUGUCGUGAAAACGGAUUGUUGGUUAUUACUGCUGGUAUGAAUGUGAUCCGUCUUGUCCCGGCAUUGAACAUUCCUAAUGAUGUUAUUGAUAGAGGUUUAAGCAUUUUAGCAGAAAGUGUAAGUGAAGUAUGUAAGUAGAUAACUAACCUAUUAGUAUUAUAGAAUUAAAAAAAAACUGUAGCCAUGGCAACAAUAUGUUUUCUUACGGCACACACACACA